UCCAGUUUCCGAAUGGUGUCGAGAGCCACUGCAUUCCUGCAUUCAUCGAUCUCCCAAAGUCCAUAUCUUAACACUAUAUCAUUUCUUGCCAUGAAUCAUCAAAGAUUAUUAUUUCUUGCCAUGAUCUUGUCGAUCGAGGCAGCGCAGUUAGCCUCGGCCCAAGUCCGCUGUCAAAACAACGGAAACUACACAAGAAACAGCGCCUACGCCGUCAACCUCAACAACACUCUCUCCGAUCUAUCCCGAAACGUGGUCGAUACCGGCUUCUACAACGCCUCCUCCGGCAACGGCACAGACACAGCCAACGCCGCCGUCCUCUGCAGAGGCGACGUCCAGCUCAGCGAAUGCCGCGACUGCAUCGGAGAAGCCCGGGAAAACCUCCUCCGAUCCUGCCCCUACCAAAAGCAGGCCAUCCGCUGGGACGAACGCUGCAUGGUCCGUUACUCCAACGCCUCAUUCUACGGAGAAAUGGAGACUUCCCCGAUGUGGUACUUGUGGAACCCUUACAACACGACGGAUCCAGAGCGGUUCGUGGAGGUUUUGAGAGGCCUGCUAGAUCGGUUACGUAACAAUGCUGCUGAUGGAGGCACUCUUAGAAAAGUUGCGGCUGGAAAUGAAAGUGGACCUGCUUUUCAAGACAUAUUCGCACUGCUGCAGUGCACCCCGGAUUUGACGAAAGAGGAGUGCAGUAGCUGCUUGAUUAAUGCAAAUACUAAUAUACCUGCUUCUUGUGAUGGGAAAAGAGGGUGUAGAGUAAUGUCCCCGAGCUGCACGCUUCGUUUUGAGAUAUUUUCGUUUUAUAACGAAACUAGGCUCCGAGAGUUCGACCCUUUGCCUCCUCCGUCCCCUCCUGCACCCACGCCGCCUCCUUCCUCGUCUGGGAAGGGUGAUGGUAAUACAACCAGGAAUAUUGUCAUUAUUGUUGUGGUUUCAGUUGUGUUCAGCCUGAUACUAGGUGUUUCUGCAGUCAUCUGGUUAGGGAAGAGGAAAACACAAAAAUCAAAACAAGUUCUUUAUAAGAAUGUGGAUGAGAUUAGCACGGUCGAAUCCCUGCAAUAUCCUUUCGACACGAUCAAGACUGCGACAAAUGAUUUCUCCGAAGAAAACAAGCUGGGCGAAGGUGGAUUUGGCUCUGUAUACAAGGGGAAGCUGCAAAAUGGUCAAGAGAUUGCAGUGAAGAGGUUGUCGAGGGGUUCGGGACAAGGUUUAGUAGAAUUCAAGAAUGAAGUGCUACUAUUAGCCAAGCUUCAACAUAGGAAUUUGGUUAGACUCUUGGGUUUUUCCAUACAAGGGAUGGAGAAGCUUCUCAUAUAUGAAUUGGUUCAAAAUGCAAGCCUAGAUCACUUCAUAUUUGAUAAAAGAUGCCAUACACAUUUGGACUGGGAGAGACGUUACAAGAUCAUAGGGGGUAUCGCGAGGGGUAUUCUCUACUUACAUGAGGAUUCUAGACUCAAGAUCAUUCACCGUGAUUUAAAAGCCAGUAAUAUACUCCUAGACACAGAGAUGAAUCCCAAAAUUGCUGACUUUGGUAUGGCAAGAUUAUUCCGACAAGAUGAAACUCAAGGAAAUACAAGCCGAAUUGUCGGAACAUAUGGAUAUAUGCCGCCAGAAUACAUAAUACGCGGCCAAUUCUCAAUCAAAUCCGACGUCUUCAGCUUUGGAGUUCUGGUUUUAGAAAUCAUCAGCGGGCGCAAGAGCAACAAUUUCCGCAGUGGGGACAACGUAGAAGAUCUCCUUAGUUUUGCAUGGGAAAACUGGCGCGAAGGGAUAGCAGCAAAUGUGGUGGAUCCGGGUUUGAGAUCCGGGUCGGGUUCAAUGAGUGAGAUGCUGAGGUGCAUGCAUAUCGGUUUGUUGUGCGUUCAAGAAAAUGCAGGGGAGAGGCCGACUAUGGCGUCAGUUGUGAUCAUGCUGAGCAGCGCAUCCAUAAGCCUGACUGUGCCUUCUGAGCCUGCUUUUUAUUUUUCGGGCGGCGGCUAUACUCCCCGACGUUCACACUACAGUUCGAGGGAGCGUGAGUCAUCCGUCAACAUUCUGCAGAGCCGAGCUUCUGUAGCUGAUCAAUCAGACCAUUCAUCCAACAAUGAUGUUUCCAUCACCGAGUUGCAUCCUCGAAAUUGCAGAACAACUGCAUUCAUUCAAACUAUGACUUAUCAAAGAUUGUUAUUGGGGCUCUUCGUGUUGUUGAUCCCGAGAGAUCUCUUCGCCCAGGACUUAUCCAGGGCCACUUGCGGCAGCAACGGCAACUACAGCAGCAACAGCGCUUACAGCGCUAACCUCGACACCACUCUCUCUUCUCUCUCCACAGACAUCGGCAACGAUGGCUUCUACAACGCCUCGACCGGGCAGGGCCCCGACAGAGUGAACGCCGCCGCGCUGUGCAGAGGCGACGUUCAACUCGACGUGUGCCGCGAAUGCGUGCAAAAUGGCGUCUCCAGACUCGAGGGCUCGUGCCCGGUUCAGAAGGAGGCAGUCUUCUGGGAUGAGUUCUGCACUCUGCGAUACUCGAAUGCUACCGUCUACGGGACUAUGGAGAGUAGGCCCGUAUACUCCUUGAUGAAUACACAGAACGUGACGAAUCCAGACCGGUUCAGGUCGGAUCUCAGAACGUUGCUCGAUGACCUUCGUAGACGAGCUGCUGGUGGCUCGUCUACGAGGAAGGUGGCAGCUGGGAAUGCAACUGGACCCGAUUUUCAAAUGAUUUUCGGGUUAGUUCAGUGCUCCCCCGAUUUGUCAUCACAGGAUUGUACAAGUUGUUUGGUUGGUGCCAUUUCGGGCAUACCGCAAUGCUGUGAUGGGAAAAGAGGAGGCAGAGUACUCUGGCCAAGUUGCAAUCUUCGUUUCGAGACUGUUCCGUUUUUCAAUGAGACUAGGCUUCAGGAACUUGAGUUUGUUCCUCCGUCUCCUCCUCUUAUCGAGCCGCCUCCACAGUCACCACCGUCAGGAAAGAAAAAUGGUAACACAACUAUUGUCAUAAUUGUGGUUGUAAUUGUUGUGUGCUUGAUAGUGGCUGUAUCUGCUAUCAUCUUUCUAAGAAAGAGAGAGAGAAAGAAACAGAAAGCAACAGAAAUUCCUCAAAGUAAGUUACUAGUCUUGCUUUUAUACACAAAAUUUGUUUAAGUAGUGGACUCAAAUGUUUGUUCAUAAUUAAUUGAAGCUGUCGACGAUAUUAGCACAGCUGAAUCUCUGCAGUAUAGUUUCAGCACAAUCAAAGCCGCAACAAAUGAUUUCUCUGAUCAUAAUAGAUUGGGCCAAGGUGGAUUUGGUACUGUUUACAAGGGGAAACUUCCAAAUAGUCAAGAAAUUGCAGUGAAAAGAUUGUCAAGAGAUUCAGGGCAGGGCGAUAUGGAAUUCAAGAAUGAGGUUCUGUUAUUAGCUAAGCUUCAACACAGGAAUCUGGUUAGACUGUUAGGUUUCUCCUUAGAAGGAAUGGAGAAGUUGUUGGUAUAUGAAUAUGUUCAAAAUGCUAGCUUGGAUAACUUCAUAUUCGACUCAGUUAAGCAUUCAGAUUUGGAUUGGGAUAGACGCUACAAGAUCAUAGGAGGUAUUGCGAGGGGAAUACUCUACUUGCACGAAGAUUCUCGUCUCAGGAUCAUUCACCGUGAUUUAAAAGCAAGUAAUAUACUUCUAGACAGAGAGAUGAGUCCCAAGAUUGCCGACUUUGGUAUGGCAAGAUUGUUCGGACAAGAUCAAACGCAGGGAAAUACUAGUCGAGUUGUGGGCACAUACGGAUAUAUGCCACCAGAGUACCUAAUACACGGUCAGUUCUCAAUCAAGUCGGACGUAUACAGCUUUGGAGUAUUAGUCCUUGAAAUCAUCAGUGGCCGAAAAAAUAAUGGCUUUCGAAGCGGGGGUGACAGCGUGGGGGACCUCCUAAGCUUUGCAUGGGAAAGUUGGCAAGAGGGAAGAGGUGGAGAAGUGGUGGAUCCAUUUUUGAGGAGUGGUUCGGGUUCGAUGAAUGAGAUGCUGAGAUGCAUCCAUAUUGGUUUGUUGUGUGUACAGGAAGAUCCCGCGGAUCGGCCAACCAUGGCCUCUGUGGUACUUAUGCUGAGUAGCUUCUCCAUAACCUUAAACUUACCUUCGGAGCCAGCAUUUUAUGCUUCCAGUGGGAGUGGUUAUGGUUCGGAUGCGUCACUGAUUCACAACUCCGACUCCACAAAUUCUCACCACAAGACUUCUUCUCGGCCGUCUCAGCAGUCUCGCCGUUCCUCACAAAAUGAUGCCUCCAUUACUGACUUACAUCCGCGCUGAUUCCGCUCCAAGAAAGUAUAUAUUCAAUUCGUAUCAUGUCAACAUUGUCAGCUCUACAUAGACCUGACCAAAAAUAGUUCAGUUUUUCUUAUUUACUCCUUUUGAUGUACCUAAUAAUAUCAUUAAUCUUUGGUUA